AUGGAAUAUAUUUCUAUUACAGGAGUUCAAAUAUUAUUCAUAUGUGAUUCUGAAUUUACUUACAUGGAUUUUGAGAAAUGUAGCACUAAUGCUUUUAAAGAAAAUAAUAAAGAGAAUAUUGAUCAAAUUGCCCUUGUAAGUGCUCAAGCCUUAUUAAAUGAUGAUGAUGAAAAUGUUGGCAUAGAUUGA